CCCUGAGGUGGGCACGGAGCUGAAGCCUGGGUGCUGGCUGCCCCGCCUGCCUGCAUUUCCCAUCGUGCCGAGGCGGGUGGUAUGGCGGAGAAGGAUGACACCGGAGUUUGACGAAGAGGUGGUUUUUGAGAAUUCUCCACUUUACCAGUACUUACAGGAUUUGGGACACACAGAUUUUGAAAUAUGUUCUUCUUUGUCACCAAAAACAGAAAAAUGCUUGACAACAGAGGGACCUCAAAAACCUCCCACAAGAGUCCUACCAAAACAAGGCAUCCUGCUGAAGCUGACGGAAACCAUCAAGGGCUGGCUUUUCUCCUCUCAGCGCUGUAAGAAGGAUGAGGAACUCCACAGGCUGGACACCGGAUUUCGACUGGACUCACUGUAUACCAUCCUGCAACAGGAAGUCCUGCUACAAGAGGAUGUGGAGCUAAUUGAGCUGCUUGACCCCAGCAUCCUGUCUGCAGGACAGCCUCAACAGGAAAAUGGACACCUUCCAACACUCUGCUCCCUGGCAACCCCUAAUAUUUGGGAUGUCUCGAUGCUAUUUGCCUUCAUUAGUUUGCUCCUCGUGCUCCCCACAUGGUGGAUUGUGGCUUCCUGGCUGGUAUGGGGAGUAAUUCUACUUCUUUACUUGAUCAUACGAGUUUUGAAAUUUUGGAGGACAGCCAAACUGCAAAUGACUCUGAAAAAACAUAGGGUCCGUUUAGAAGAUAUGGCAGCAAAUAGCCGAGCCUUCACUAACCUUGUGAGAAAAUCUCUACGUCUCAUCCAAGAAACUGAAGUCAUUUCCAGGGGAUUUACUCUUUUGCUUGACAGGGUCAGUGCUGCUUGCUCAUUUCAUAAGGCUGCCCAGUCUCCCAGCCAGCACCUCGCCGGCCUUCGGAAAGCUGUCUACAGGACUGUAAGAGCCAACUUUCAAGCUGCAAGGCUAGCUACACUGUACAUGCUGAAGAACUACCCCCUGAACUCCGAGAGUGACAAUGUUACCAACUACAUCUGUGUGGUACCUUUUAAGGAGCUGGGGCUCGGACUCAGUGAAGAACAGAUAUCAGAAGAGGAAGCUCAUAACUUGACAGAUGGCUUCAGCCUGCCAGCCUUGAAGGUUUUGUUCCAACUCUGGGUGGCACAGAGUUCAGAGUUCUUCAGACGCUUAGCCCUGUUACUGUCUACAGCCAGUUCACCUUCUGGGCCCUUACUUACUGCAGCACUCUUGCCUCAUCACAUUCUCUCUGACGUGACUCAAGGUCUACCUCAUGCUCACUCUGCCUGCUUGGAAGAGCUAAAGCGCAGCUAUGAGUUCUUUCGGUACUUCGAAACUCAGCACCAGUCAGUACCCCAGCGUUUACCCAGAGCUCAGCAGAAGUCAAGAGGGCUGAGUAACCUGCACACAGCAGUGCGCAGCCUUCAGCUCCAUCUGAAAGCACUGCUGAAUGAAGUAAUAAUUCUUGAAGAUGAACUUGAAAAGCUCGUUUGUACUAAAGAGACACAAGAGCUGCUAUCAGAGGCUUAUCCGAUACUAGAGCAGAAAUUAAAACUGAUUGAGCCCCACGUUCAGGCCAGCAACAGUUGCUGGGAAGAAGCCAUUUCUCAGGUGGAUAAACUGCUACGAAGGAACACAGAUAAAAAAGGCAAGCCUGAAGUAACGUGUGAAAACCCACACUGCACCGCAGCACCCUUCGUGCGGCCUACCCUCCACAUUGAGGACAGAGACCCCAUCCCUGAGGAGCAGGAACUAGAAGCUUAUGUGGAUGGUGUGGACAUAGAAAGCGAGUUCCGAAAGGACGAUUUGUAUUUCUUGUCUCAAGAAGACAGAGAGAGACAGAAGCGUGAGCAGGAGGAAUCCAAGAGGGUGCUGCAGGAGUUAAAAUCCGUGCUGGGAUUUAAGGCUUCAGAGGCAGAAAGGCAAAAAUGGAAGCAGCUGCUCUUUAGUGACCACGGGGUAAAGUCCGAAUGGAGUUAGAGAGGGAAAGCCUACACUGGAACCUGCUGUGGCCAUGUUUCUGUUGUUGCCGCUUCCCUAGUGGAGUUACUGCAGCAUAGGGAUGUUUCUUGGAAAAGGACACUUUUUACAAAAAUGCCUUUUAAAUAUACGCCAGACCUUCAAGACGCACUUUUUUCCUUCGGUCAUGCUUCGUAGUAUAUUGUAUCGUACUAACCAUUCAUGCUGGGAGGAGAGACUGCCCAGCAAGCAACCCACUGCCUACUAACACCAAGAGGGGCUAACUAAAACUUCAUUUUUCUUGCAAGGACAACUUCUGCUGUAUGGAUCUAUCUGUAUUCUAUUUAUGUGUUAUACUUUGUCUGGUAGUUGAAUGCAGAGAUUAGUUCAUUUGUGUUAUCUGUAGCACUACAAAAUAUAGAAGUAUGCUUUACUUCUAUUCAGGUUCUGUUAGGCGACUGGCAAGUAAGAUGAAUUGUAUGUUUCAUACCUUGUAAAUAUAUAUAUAUAUAUAUGACAAAGAUAACAUUAUCUGGGUCAUAUCAGGCCUUUUAUCUUUGUGGUGAAAGCCACAGUGUAUUCCUUUAAUGACAGUCGUCCCCAAACUUUAAUGAACAUCAGAAUCAAGUGGGAUGGCUUGUAAGCAUCCUGCCCCCAGCCCCAGUGUCCAGUUCCCUAUCUAUGAUCAGACUCCAGGAUGUUUCCAGCAGCUUCCUAGGGGCUAGCUGGUUCUGCCGAUUCAAGGACCAUGCGUUGAGAACACUGUCUUUGAACUAUUUACUCUUCAGCGAGCCCCCGUCUCAUUUAAUUUCUUAGGUAUUCUGUCUCAUAAAACUCCCCAUAUUUAGAAAGUUACAUUUAUUUUACUAGGAAGUUUUGUUGAGCUUUUAUUUAUUUAUUUGUUGUUCCUUUUUUUUAAAAAGCUACUGGGAGUUUAAAAGUCAUU